GGAUUGAUUCGAUAUAUGGUCCAAAACAGAGCUCCAGCCUCGAAAUUGUACAAUCAUCGGUUUCGAUGAUUGUACAAUUGUACAAUUUCGAGGCUGGAGCUCGACCUCAAUUCGGCGCGGUAGACGGCGCCGAAUUUCUCAUUCGCAUUAAGAACCGAUCAACGACCCGCCGUCCAUACUCUACUGGAACACGCUUGUUUCAUGCAUGUUAACAGCUCACUUGUCGACUAUAUGAAGUGCUUUGGGGAAGUCGAACAGCAAGGAUCUGACUAGAGCAAGAGCGGAAGCAGUGUGCGAGCGAAUCUUGCUGCUUGAGCUGGGCAUGUGAAAAGGUGAAAGCUGUGGAAAAGAAACCGAGUGUUGUCGAGCAGAAGCUUCGUGUAAUUGAUCGCUGCGGAAGCGUGUGGAGUAUCAGAUUCAUGGAAGAAUGAAGACCAACAUGAGUUACGGCCGGUCGCCAUCAGCUUCAGCACCAUCGUUUGUUCCAGUCGUGAGGUCUCUUGGAUUCAAGAGUGCGGGUAUCGCCGCUGGGAGCUGGGCAGCUGGACACUUGUCGUCGUACGGAGGGGUAGUGAGUGCAGGCAGUCCCUGCGCUGUUCUGCAGAGUGUGGGAGCUACGGGCACUUGCUCACCGGCCGGGGUGACGUCCCUUGUCGUAGCAACUACUGCAGGACUUGGAGGGGCCGUGGGGAACUCCAAAGGCUAAAUCUUUACUUGGUCCUCUGUUUCUAUGAAUAGUUUGCACGGGAGUGUGGGCUGGUCAACCCUCUCAUUGACAGAGUCCGUGAGCAUUGGUCAACCUGGCUCUGGUGUGCAAAUUGGAGAAGUUAGUGUCAGAUGGGAGAGCAUUUUCAUGAUAUGAGUAAAUUCCUUGUCGAUGUUUUGAUCACACCUUUGUCUUUGGGUCGGUGACUUUUUUCCGUGGUUACGAUGUGAACGGUCAUUUUGUUGUUGUCGACCGUACGGGGAGUGUAUGCAGCUUUAGACUGUUUCCAAUGCUAUAGCAUUAGGUGCGGUGUCUGGCACGAUGACUAGGCAUGUAGCUGGAUCCGAUCUGCAUCCGAGUGCUGCGGUUGACUGCAAGCUGUCAUUGAUCGCUCUUAGCAGUUUGCAUGGGUCUGUCUAUUCUCAAGCUCAUCAGGGGCCAAUUGAGUUGUGUCACUCCGAAAUAA